UCAGUGGCCAUGUUGGACAACUCCAAUUUUCGAUAAGUUUGCAACGAAAUGAUUGAAAAAAGUCCGAGAGACGACGAGGGCGUGGCCAUGUUUGUCUUUCUUUUGUCGAGUUUCCAGAUUCCACGCAAGCGAGUCGACAUCGUGAAUCGCUGUUCAGAAAGUCUCGGCGUCGCCGUGCGGCUUCCCCGGCUAGCUUAGCAUGCUAGCUGCUAACAAAGAGACACGGAAGUGACCAACAUCGCCAAGCAGAGACCGAGUGUGAGUGGAAAGUGUCGGCAUCGUGUGAAAAUGUGUCAAGUCCAAACGCUGAGAGGUUGGUGAGUCGUCGAAGAAAUAUUUGUAGUGUUGGAAAGAACCAUAGCAGAGUACGAGGAGGAACUUUCUCGAACAAAAGAGGAGAACGAGCGACAACGUCAACUACUGGACGCCGUUUUCAGGAAGCAGCAGGUUGUCCCACAGAGAAGGCACCCCCCCGUUACGCAACUCCAAGUGUCUUGCUGUGUGCAGUGGACGUCAGUGAAGAACAUCUUCCCUCUGAGCAGCUGGAGCUCUGGGAUGGAGCAGGAGAAGCCACAGCCCCCCCACAUCAAGGAGGAAGAGGAGGAUCCACAGUCCCCCCACAUCAAAGAGGAAGAGGAGGAGCCCCAGCCCCCCCACAUUAAAGAGGAAGAGGAGGAGCACAGCAUCAGCCAGGAGGGAGAGCAUCCGGAAGGACCGGAGGAGUUCCCAGUGAUCGGUGUCAUUGUGAAGAGUGAAGAUGAUGAAGACGACGGUGAAGGUGAGGAGAAGAGAGAGGCGGAGCCUCCAACAGAAGCUGAUGGAGACCACUGUGGAGGAUCACCAGCAGACAAGCUCUUAGCUCCACUAUCAGAUAGUGAGCACACGACGUCACACUCUCCUGACACUGAUGAUGAUGAUGAUGAAGACUCUACAGCUGAUAUGACAUGUCACCCUGACAACACACGCUUGAAAUGCCACCACUGCGACAAGAGCUUCAGCGACCGCAGCAAUCUGAGGAGACACAUGAGACUACACACGGGAGAGAAACCAUUCAUGUGCUCAGUGUGCAAUAAAAGAUUCUCCCAGAAGGCACAUUUGACAGCACACACGCCAAUGCACACAGGAGAGAAACCUUUUGUCUGUUCUGUGUGUGGUAUCGGUUUUGGACUCAACCAUCGUUUGCGAACGCACAUGAGGAUACACACCGGAGAGAAACCUUUCACCUGUUCGGUGUGUGGUACAGGUUUUGCACGAAAUGAACAUUUGAUAACACAUAUGAGAAUACACACCGGAGAGAAACCUUUUACCUGUUCAGUUUGUGGUACAGGUUUUGUACAAAAUCAGAAUUUGAAAAGACACAUGAGAAUCCACACUGAUGAGAAACCGUUGAUACCACACACAAGGAUGCGCACUGGAGAAAAAACCUUCACCUGUGCAGUAUGUGGUAUCGGGUUUGGACGAAAUUAUCAUUUGAAAACACACAUGAGAAUUCACACUGGAGAGAGACCUUUCGCCUGUUCAUUCUGUGGUCUAGGGUUUGGACAAAACCAGAACUUGAAAGCACACAUGCGGAUACACACUGGUGAGAAACCUUUUGCCUGCUCUGUCUGUGGUGUAGGUUUUGUUCAAAAUCAGAAUUUGAAAAGGCACAUGAGAAUACACACUGGUGAGAAACCUUUUGCCUGCUCCAUCUGUGGUGUGAGUUUUGGACAGAAUCAACAGUUGAAAACACACAUGAGAAAACAUACUGAGGAGAAGCAGAUGUCUGUUCAGUCUGCAGCAGAAGCCUUCUAGACCCAACAACACUGGAGAGCAAGUGUUGACUUGCAGUGUGAUGAACAUUGUCUACACACGUUGGAGAGCUAGUGUUGACUUGCAGAGUGAUGAACAUUGUCUACACAGGCUGGAGAGCUAGUGUUUAUUUGCAGUGUGAUGAACAUUGUCUACACAGGCUGGAGAGCUAGUGUUUAUUUGCAGUGUGAUGAACCUACCACUUAAAGGUACAGGAUGUGAUUGGCUGGCGACUCGUAGCUGGCCCACGUCAGCUAGGAUAGGCUCCAGCCGUGUUGGAAAUGCGUGUAUGUCGUGUCUUUGAAGUACAUUA